AUGCAGACUUCAGCGGUCUUUGUUCCAAUCUUCCAGGCGAUCGCCAGCUCAUUGGUAAUGAUAGCUUCCUUAUUUGGAAACACACUCGUGAUCUGCGUUGUGCUUCAAAGUUGUCGUAUGCGCACUGUCACCAAUUACUUGAUCGUGAACAUGGCAUGCGCAGAUAUGCUCUACACUAUUGUGGCCAUGCCUCCUUUGUUCGUCUCAAUUUUUAACUGCUACGCUUGGGCACUUGCAACCCGAGGGCGGGGAAUCUAUUUCUGUAAGGUUGUGAACUUCGCUCAGUACAUGCUUGUCCCUGUUUCGGUUCUAACCCUGGCGGCCAUCGCAUUCGAUCGCUUUUUCGCCAUUUUGAUGCCACUGAAGCGCAUCAUUAACAAACGGGUUUUCUAUUGGAUCUUACUUGUUAUAUGGAUAACGUCCCUUGCCGUGGCAACGCCAACAUUGUACUCAUUGAGAGUGAUUGAGAGCAACGAAGGCUUGAGCUGCGACGAAAAUUGGGCACCAGCAUUUGAUAAUGAGACAGCGCCCAUGAUAUACAUGCUAGUGUUAUUUUCGGUAAUGCUUUGCCUUCCGCUAUGCAUUAUAACAGUGCUGUAUACGAUCAUCUGUCGUCAUCUUUUUUUAACCAAGCCGCCUGGGGAAACAGAAAGAGAAGAAUCAAAGAGUUUGAUCAGGCGCCGGAAUUCGCGGAAGAAAGUAGUGAAAAUGCUUAUAACAGUGGUCGUUAUAUUCAUUGUAUCGUGGCUGCCAUUACAAAUCGCCAAUUUCAUCUAUUACUUCGACAAAAGCGUCAUACACAUCCCUGAACAAGUUUACUUCUCUUGCGAGUUUCUUAUGCGUUCCAGUUGCGCGCUGAAUCCGGCAGUUUAUGCUAUUUUCAGUGAAAAUUACCGCCAGGGAUUCAAGAAAGUGCUUGUCAAAUGCUGCUGCUUCGGGAGAAUGUCGAAUUUUAUUCGAAAAAAUUCGAGUUAUUCAUCUUCGCGCCAGCAAACCGUGCCUACCAUUUUGAGAAGCGAACUUGGCUUAUCGAAACUCGGCCGUGAUAGCAAGAGAUGUUGCCACGACACUGGAGUGGAAGAGGAGCAUCAAUUCUAA